ACCGGGGUCGUUCUGUUUAUUCACUUAUUAAUAUACACUGGUCAUUGUCCACUUUGCGAAUGCAAAAUAAAACUCUCCGUAAUACGUUGGCCAACAGAAUCUCAGUUUUAUUGCAAGAGUACAACAUUAUUCAAAUUAUUCAUAUUCAAGGAAAGAAAAAUCGUCUACCGGACUAUUUAUCUCGCCAUCCAAUUGAAUUCAAUGAUCCGGAUCUCAUUGAUCCAGAUUAUGAUCUUCAAGUUAAACCACGAUCUUCUUCGUCUAUUAUUUCUGUUGGUAGAAGGUCACAGACCGUUAAAUGUUGUCCUUCUGAAAAUCGUUAUGUUCUUGUCAUCACAGAUUUAUUUAGCACAUGGGUCACUGCCGUAGCUCUUCCGAGCUGCACGGCUGUAGUAACCGCAGAAGCGAUUUUCAAACAUUACAAUUGUCAUUAUGGAGUUUCCGUCACUAUUUCAUCUGAUAAUGGCUCACAUAUUCGUAAUCAACUACUUCAAGCUUUAGAGCACAAAAUCGGGAUUCAUCAUAUAUUUUCUUUGGCAUAUCAUCCACGAUCCAAUGGAAUGAUACAGAGAUUUAACGCCGCCUUUAUUCCACAAAUAGCCAAAUUACUAGACUCGGAAUAUAACAACUGGGACGAAUUUUUAGACCCGGUGAUAUUCGCCUAUAACACUGGCGUUCAUUCGUCCACAAAGUUCUCACCAUAUGAGCUACAAUUUGGGAGACAACCGCGUUUGUCGAUCGAUCCAUCGCCAACUCAACUAAAUUUACCAAAUCCAUCUGAUUACUAUGUUCAGUUGAUUAAAUCUCUUAAACCAUAUCAAUUAUAUUCACGUGAAAAUACGAUCAAACAACAAAAUCUUUCCGCCAUAUGGUACAAUAAAAGUAGAAAAGACAAACAUUAUAUUAUAGGGGAUUAUGUUUUAACAAGGGUCCGAGGAAAUCGUUUGAAAUUAGAUCCACGAUUUCAUCCCACUCCAAUGAUUAUAAUCAAAGAAAAACAUCCAGCAUAG